AACUAAGUCAUGAGAAUCAGGGCUCUUUACUGAGUUAAAGACACGCUGCACAAUUUGGGGAGAACAGACACAUUGCAUCACAGAUACAUAAGGACAACCGGGAAGGCUCGGGCCCGGGAUGAGCCAAAGAAAACAAAGACAUCAGUGCAGGGUUUGGAGACGCAGGGAAAAGAAUUUCAAGUCAGCUCGGAUGACAGAAGGAAUGUGCUCAGGCUGCGGGCGUGGGGGAGGGGAGAAGGGAGGGGGAAGCUCUUGUUUUCCAUGCUCGGGCAAAGGCUGUGGCGAGGCGGGACAGAAGCAGGAAGGAGGAUGUGAGUACUAGGAGCCGCCGAGCGUCAGCGUGGCAGACAUUUCAGUUCACUUCUCAGGGAGUUCCCCGGAAACGUCACGAUUCAAUAAAGCACCAGAUCCUCCCCGGUGGCGGUGAUUAAAUGGGGUGAACCAGGGCGCAGGGAAGUGGAGGCGCUGGGGCCAGGCGGAGGCGGGGUGCUGGUCCCACCUGCUCGUGCAGCCCCAGGAGCUGGCUGUAGCGCACCCGGCAGUGCAGGACUCCGUUUACGUGAAUGUUGUAGGCCUGAGGACACAAAAGCAGACUCGGCGUCGGGCAUGAAGGCGGAGCUCUCCCCGCGGCCUGGGGCCGGCGGUCGGGAGCUGACCCAAGAGGAGAAGCUGCAGCUUCGGAAGGAAAAGAAGCAGCAGAAGAAGAAACGGAAGGAGGAGAAGGGCGCCGACACCGAAGCCGGCUGCCCCGCGUCGGCAGCCCCGUGCCGAGCUGGCCCAGCCGCAGAGCAGCCCGCCCCGGGCACCCAGCCGGGGCCUGCGGGCGAGAAAGUUCCAGCUGGCCGGAGUAAAGCUGAGCUUCGUGCCGAGCGGCGGGCCAAGCAGGAGGCCGAGCGGGCCCUGAAACAGGCAAGGAAAGCAGAAGCAGGAGGGCAGCCGCCCCAGGCCGCCCCCGGCACCACGGGAGAGCCCCCGUCAGGCGUGAAGCCGCUGGCCGAGCACUCAAAGACGGACGACCUCAUGCUUCUGAAGAGACUUAUUAAGAGACCCGAGCGGCAGCAGGUGCCUGCCCGGAAAGAUUAUGGAUCCAAAGUCAGUCUCUUCUCCCACCUGCCCCAGUACAGCCGGCAGAACUCUCUGACCCAGUAUAUGAGCAUCCCGUCGUCUGUGAUCCACCCAGCCAUGGUGCGCCUCGGCCUGCAGUACUCCCAGGGCCUCGUCAGCGGCUCCAACGCCCGCUGUGUCGCCCUGCUUCGUGCCUUGCAGCAGGUGAUUCAGGAUUACACAACGCCUCCUAAUGAGGAGCUCUCGAGGGACCUGGUAAACAAACUCAAGCCCUAUUUCAGCUUCCUGGCUCAGUGUCGCCCCCUGUCGGCAAGCAUGUACAACGCCAUCAAGUACCUUAAUAAGGAGAUCACAGCCAUGAGCAGCUCCCUGCGGGAGGAGGAGGCCAAGGCAGAACUUCACAGCGCCAUAGACCGGUAUGUGCGAGAGAAGAUUGUCCUGGCUGCCGAGGCCAUUUCCCGCUUUGCUUAUAAGAAGAUCAGUAAUGGAGACGUGAUCCUGGUGUAUGGAUGCUCGUCUCUGGUGUCGAGAAUCCUCCAGGAGGCUUGGGCUCAGGGCCGGCGGUUUCGGGUGGUAGUGGUGGACAGCCGGCCACGGCUGGAGGGAAGGCACACGCUCCGCUCUCUUGUCCGUGCUGGGGUCCCUGCCUCCUACCUGCUGAUUCCUGCAGCCUCCUAUGUGCUCCCAGAGGUUUCCAAGGUGCUAUUGGGAGCUCACGCACUCCUGGCCAAUGGGUUUGUGAUGUCCCGGGUAGGGACAGCCCAGCUGGCCCUGGUGGCACGAGCCCAUAACGUGCCAGUGCUGGUCUGCUGUGAAACGUACAAGUUCUGUGAGCGGGUACAGACAGACGCCUUCGUCUCUAACGAGCUGGAUGACCCUGACGAUCUUCUGUGUGAGCGAGACUGCAUAACGCUGGCGAACUGGCAGAACCAGCCGUCCCUCCGGUUGCUGAAUCUGGUCUAUGACGUGACCCCCCCAGAACUCGUGGAUCUGGUGAUCACGGAGCUGGGGAUGAUUCCUUGCAGUUCCGUACCAGUUGUCCUACGAGUCAAGAGUAGUGACCAGUGAGUGGGGAACCUCAGGAUCAAUAAAUGACUUACUCCCUGCAGCCCGCAGCUCUGCCGCCUUUGUAUCUUUGAGACUCCCCGAAGGCCUUUAUAAGGACCAUCAAGGUGUCGGAUUCUAUGCCAGUGCUUAGGAACCAAAAGUGAAGGUCAGCGUGGGGACCCAACACUUGCUGCACUGUCCACCACCUGCUGUACAUCUGUGCACCUGACACUGUGUUAGAUUCGAGGAAGAAUCUAAGGACAAAUGAGUCCUGUCCAUAGUACAGUGAACUGAGCCAGCAAAUGAUCUCAGGCCUUCUGCACCCAGAGAUUCUGCCCUUUUUUUUUUCUUUUCUGAGUCACAUCCAGUGACGCUCAGGGGUUACCCUGAGUUACUCUGCACUCAGAAAUUACUCCUGGCGGUGCUCGGGACCAUAUGGGAUGCCAGGAAUCAAACCCGGUCGGCCGCAUGCAAGGCAGAUGCCCUGUCUGCUGUACUAUUCGCUCCGGCCCCACUUUCCCACUGGCUGCCACUGGCCCUGUUGCUGCUGGUGCUCAGCCGCUGUGGCUCACACUUGAUUGUGGUUUAAUUAACACAGACUGCAGCAUCAGUGUGUUAAGGAGAACUGCUGGUGCAGGAAGGCAGUAUCUAGAGUCACAUAAGCUACUGGUAGUAUGAACAGACUUCCUGGAUCAAGAAUGGCACCAGGAAGUUCCCUAGUUUAGGGAAGACCUCACAGGUGUUACCUCUGAACUCAUCCUUGAAGGAUAUAAGAAGUUUUCCCACUUGGAAAAGAAUGAGAAGGCAGGAGCCAGAGAGUACAGUGGGCGAGGUGUUUCACUCUGCACCAUAGCAGACCCGGGUUUGAUCCCCCGAGCCCCACCAGAAGUGAUCCCUGAGCACCACUAGGUGAUGAGGCCCAAAGCCCAGAACUGAAUAAAAAAGAACGGGAAAGCAGGUGAGCCAGGACACAGUUUGAACAUAAAUAAAGAAUAGGCUUAAAAUGAGUGCCCAUUUCCUGGGCCGGAGCCAUAGGACAGCUGGUAGGACACUGGCUUUGCAUGAUGCAACCAACCUGAGUCAAUCCCCAGAAUAGCCAUAUGGUGCCCCCAGCACUGCCAGGAGUAAUUUCUGAACGCAGAGCCAGGAGUUACCCUGAGCACCGUGGGGUAUGACCUCCCUGCACCCCUUCCGCCCCCCCAAAAAGGGGCCACACUUCCAAAGCAUCAUUAGAGUGAUGAAGGUAGAACCCAGGCUCACUUGGAGACCCACUAGGGUGAGGUCAGACCCCGAGAGCCUCACCGUUUUGGCAAGUCUGAAAAAAGGGAGAUUUAUUGUGUUACAUGUAUGUGCACGUUUAGCUGAACAAUCUCAGGAAUGAAUAAAGCAUUCUCAUCAUCAAAUACA